CCAGGCCGUUGCUUCGGGUUAACCCUGUCAUUGAUGAAAUGGCAGAAAAGGUUAAAAAAUCUCUUCAAGAAAUGUUGUUGAGUUCAGCUGAACGAGCAGGACAUGAAGACGUGCUCUGCAGCAUCUGUGCAGGGUCAAAGGUCAGCGCCCAGAAGUCCUGUUUAAUGUGUUUAGUGUCCUACUGUCAAACACAUCUGGAGCCUCAUCAGAGGAUUUCAGCUUUGAAGAAGCACAAGCUGAUCGAUCCAGUUCAGGACCUGGAGAGCAGAAUAUGUCGGGAUCACGGUGAGCCUUUGGAGCUGAUCUGCAGACUGGAUCAAAGGUUUCUGUGUCGGUCCUGUAAAUGCAGUGACCAUAAAACACAUGAAACAGUGAGUCUGGAGGACGAGGCUGAAAUGAGGAAAUCCCAGCUGAGAUUAGAAAAUAACAGCAUGGAUCAGAUGAUCCAGGAGCGUGAGCAGAAAAUCCAGGAGCUUCAACAGUCAGUGAAGACCAGCAGAAGUAAAGCUGAGGAGGCGUUAUCGUACAGCAGGAAGGUGAUGACCGCUUUGGUGCAGCACAUAAAGACAGAGUUCACCAGACUGUCUGAGGCGAUCGAGACGAAGCAGGAAAUAAAUGAGACAGAGGCAGAAAGCUUUAUUGAUGAGCUGCAGGCAGAGAUUACACACAUGAAGAAGAAGAAGCUGCAGUUUCAUGAAGCUUCGCUCAUCAGAGACCCCUUCAGCUUCCAGGAGAACAUCCUCCCUCUUACCUACAAUAAGCCCCAGCUGCAGGACUGGUCUGCUGUGACUGUAACCAGUGACCAGUUUAUGAUUCAGGAGACCCUGGCCGAGCUGGAGACAGCAGUCAGAGAAGAAGUCAGCACGCUCUAUGAUAUAAACUUCAGAGAUGGGAAAGAACAAAGGAUCAGUUUGAUCUCAUCACCACAUGAAGACAUCGUCUCAGACAGUUUUCUCAUCAGGUCAGGACCUCCUGCUGUCUACCAGCUGAGACCGAAGAAACAGAAGACUGGAACUCUGGCAAGAAUGACUGUUGGAGAAAAACGUCCAAACAAGCCGAACAGAACCAUCUUACUGGUGGGAGAAACAGGAGCAGGAAAAUCUACUCUGAUCAACGCUCUGCUCAACUACACCAUGGGAGUGAAGUGGGAGGAUGAAGUCUGGUUUAUGAUCGCAGAGGAGGAGAGAAGAAGUCAGACAUCAGAUGUGAUGGUGUACGAGAUCUUUGGUUUUGAAGAUAAAACUCUGCCCUACUCUCUGACCAUCAUCAAUACUCCUGGAUAUGGAGACACCAGAGGGAUUGAACAUGAUGACAUCAUCAGUCACAGAUUAUUGGACCUGUUUCAAUCAGAGGAUGGGGUCCAUGAAGUUCAUGCAGUGGGUCUGGUGAUGAAGGCGAGUGUGAAUCGACUGAGUGAGCCAUUGAGGUACGUCUUUGAUUCAGUGAUGUCUCUGUUUGGAAAGAACUUGGAGAAAAACAUCAUAGCUCUGAUCACACACUCAGAUGGAAGCAGACCUGAAAACCCUCUUCAAGUUCUUGAAGCUGCAAACAUUAAAUGUGCCAAAAAUGAGGACAGUCAGCCUGUCCACUUCCUGUUUAAUAACUGCCAGCUUGAAGAGCGAAUGGAGGAAAACACAAUUUUUAGAAAUUCAUGGGAACUUACACAGACAAACAUGGAUCAUUUGACAAACUUGUUGGGAAAAUCUAAUCCUCAGAAACUGGUGAAAACAGCCGAAGUGUUAAAUGAACGAAUCAGACUGAAAGCCUGCAUCCAAAACCUGGAAGACAGAUUCGAGCUGGCUGAACUGAAACAGACAGAAAUCAGACAGAUCCGAGAAGCUCUGAAGCAGACGAAUCACAGAAAGAAAAUGGAAAUUGAGAAAUUAUUGAGUCUUUUGGAAAAUCUUGAAAAGGAAAUGAAAGUGCUGACAGCAGAAAAGGAAAAGUGGCUAAGUGACUCCUACCAGCAUGCUGUCAGACUGGAGGAAAUCGCUCUGAAAGCUGAUUCAGCAUCCACUGUUGCCCACUUGGACUUCCUGAUUGAGAAGAUGAAGGAGGAAGGAGACACGGAGAAGGUCCAGAAACUGGAGGAGAUGAGGAGAGAGGAUGGAGGAACCAAAGAAGCAGUGCAAGCUUAAACGAACACCAUCACCAACAUUGGGAGACUCUUCCUCUGGCAUACGUGAAACAUGUAAAGAAGCAUCAGGCAGAUGGUACUGAUGCUGCUACA